CGGUCGAUUCGCGAGAAGCCAGGCUCCUUUGUAUAGUCUUGGUUCUCGGGCGGAAUUUCGGCUUCAGGGAGCAGAGGCCUCGGUUGAGAAAACUUCAUUUCCCCGCUGCACGGUAUCCGGAACUCGAGGACCUAGCUUUGGCCUACCUAGCGGGGGAAGAGUUAGUGGGACGGACAAAGAGGAAGAAGUGUGGCCGGAGGCUUACCAAAGAGCGCCGGAAGUACGGCGCUCGGAAGGGUCCGACGUAGACCUGUUAGUGUUUCCCUCAGCGCGGCCGGGCAUUUACGAGGCUGGCUGGAACCGAAACCUGAGUCCCCGCCGACCCACCGUUGUGGACAGCCAGCAAACUCCUUUUCUGGGCUUUCGUUAGCUCAGCUGCAAAGUGAGUCGUGAGCCAGCCGCUCCCGACUUCCAGCGUGGAGAACGGGGUCGAUUAGGCAGCGCCCGCGGGGGAAGAGGGUCAGAAAUCCUGGGUUCUCACCCUGCCAUCCAAGAAACUAAAGAGGAGGAGUUGACAGCCUCUGCAUCCCUCACCGCCCUGGGCUAGGACCCAGCAUGUCUCAGGCCACCAAAAGGAAGCACGUGGUGAAGGAGGUGCUGGGGGAGCACAUGGUACCCUCUGACCAGCAGCAGAUCGUGAGGGUACUGAGGACCCCAGGGAACAAUCUGCAUGAAGUAGAGACAGCCCAAGGGCAGCGCUUCCUGGUGAGCAUGCCCUCCAAGUACCGCAAGAACAUCUGGAUCAAGAGAGGGGACUUUCUCAUUGUUGACCCUAUUGAAGAGGGAGAAAAGGUAAAGGCUGAGAUCUCCUUUGUCCUCUGCAAAGACCAUGUGCGCUCUCUGCAGAAGGAAGGGCUCUGGCCUGAGGCCUUCUCUGAAGUGGCUGAGAAACACAACAACAACAGGAACAGGCAGGCUCAGCCCGAACUCCCCGCUGAGCCACAGUCAUCAGCAGAAGAGUCCAGCUCCGAAGACGAUUCUGACCUCUUUGUUAACACCAACCGCAGGCAGUAUCACGAGAGUGAGGAGGAGAGCGAAGAGGAGGAGGCAGCCUGAGACCCCAGGACCGACUUCUCUUACUCACAGACUGGUCCUUGGCUCCUCUGAGCUUGGACAUUCCCAGGGUGCUCUGCAGAUCUUGCCUGCCCUGGAUGGGGACAGUGCAGAACCCCUCUCUGAACUGACCUCUGACCUAGGAGAAUUAAACCCCUGGUGGGUGGUGACAUGUGCUGGUGUCCGAGUGGCUCUCUGGAGGGUGGAGGGACCUGUGGUGAAGUCAGAAAUUUCUCCUUGGUGGAGGCCUCAGGGGCAAGUGGGCUGGUGGGCAGGAAACAGGGAAUGGCUGGGGUCUUUUCUAAGUUCUCUCUCAUUGGGCGCUUAGUGUCAGGCCCUAUGCGGUCCCUCGUUGCACGUAUUUUACAACCGGGGACAGUCCCGCUUUAUUGCCUGCUUAUAAUCAGCACUGAUCCAGGAUCGCAGCCAUGGGACCUAGUCCCAGUUACCUCUAGAAACACUCAGGGUGAAUUUCAUAGUGCCUCGUAAGCUGUUGGCCCUGCCCUUCUAGUUGCCUGUGGCUGCGGGAGUGCCUGCCUCCAUGCAGCCGUGUGCACCCCCUGGUUGCUGGCCCCUGUGGCAACUCAGACUGUCGCUCCUCGGCCCUCUGCAAACCACAUCGUCCCACCUACGGGGUUUUUUUUGUUGUU